UGUUCUACUGUUCAUGCGAGACAGCCAGACUGCUCUGUCCAAACUUUGUCAGAACCUUCUACUGAAGUGCCCUCUGAAGUACCCCACUGUCCGAAAUAUGAUUUGCCUGGACCCCCAGAAAAUGUACACUGAACCAGACAUGUGCCUGCAAAAAAUGAAGGCCCUUAUCAUCAAGUUCGUGCAGGAUAAGAAGUUGUCUGGAGGAGUGACAGCGGGUGAUAAGAUUGCCGAACAAUUUCAGAAGUUUCUCCUCAGUGAGGCCAGAGGAGAGGAGUUCAUGGCUUUCAGUGCAUUGGAUGGAAAAUCCCGAGUUGACAGCUUCCUGCAUAAGGCCAUGAACGGAUAUGCAGAACUUUGGAGCUUUGUGGAAAAGCUGCUGCUCUUGUCCCAUGGGCAAGCUACUGUGGAGCGUGGGUUCUCCAUAAACAAGCAGGUGGAGAUGUACAAUAUGAAUGAAGACACUGUAGUCUCACAGAGACUUAUCUGCGACUAUGUGAGAACGUGUGGUGGAGUGGUCAAAGUGCCGUUAACUAAAGAACUGUUGAAUGAGUGUUCAUCCGCCCGCAACCGAUACAGGAUGUUCUUGGAUGAUGAGAGGAAGAAAAGGGAAAAGACAAAACAGACCAACAAGAGAAAAGAGAUUGAAGGUGAGCUUGAAGAGCUACGCAAGAAAAGAAGAACAAUCUCAACCGUGUGUGAAACUCUACACAACGAUGCAGAUAGCUUUGCAGAGAAGGCUGAGAAUGCAGCAGGAACCAAGAUGGCGGAACUUAUAACUAAAUCCAAUACCAUGAGAAGAAGAUGCAAGGAAAAGAGAGGGGAGUUAGUGGAGCUAGACUGUGAAAUUGAGAAGAGAGUGGCAGAGCUACGCCACAUGUCUUGAGGAGAAGGAUGUCACAAAUCAAUGGACCUCUAUUCACAGGUUCCUUAAGUCAUGUGAUGUUGUUUAAGACGUUUUGCAAAUGUACCUACUGAGCCAUAAUGCAGUCCGCUUCAUUUUUGCUUAAUCUAAUCCAAUUUAUGUUUUGUUUCAGCUUUCCUGCAUCACAAAGGAAAAUAAAUGAAAAUGACAACUGUGAGCUUUGUGUUUUAAAUCUACAUGGACCAAACCAUGUUGAAAGGGUUGGCUAUCAAACUGUCAAUUUCUUUUUACAAAAAAGCCUCUCGUGAAUAGCCCUUUGGGAUAGUUUUGCGUAUGGCACAGAAUUGAUAAUAAACGGGAAAUUUAGUGUCUU